UCUGUUGUGUUGUGUCUCGAUUUCGUUGUGUUGUGAACUUAUGUUUGCUUUUUUAAUUUCGUUGUGUUGUGCACUACUGGGCCACCGUACGUUCAGCUGCUCUGCUGUGGAAGUGGAACUUCAGUUCGCGGCACUCAGGGGUCGGAGUUAAGAGGUUUGACUGACAGUUUGAGCGGAACCAAAACGAUUUUGUCACAAGCUCUUUUUAAUACCUUUUAUUAGGCUAAAUAUAUUUGUAAAUCAGUAAGACAUGCUUAAAGGGUGACGAAUAGCAUUGAUUUAUUGAAGAAAAUGAAUAAAUAAAAUAAAACACCUCCAAAAAAAGGGCACUUCGGAGUGUAAGGACAAAAAGGGCAUGUGAUCUGCACAGCUUGAGCCCUACCUGUGCACGUGCCUGUGACGUAGCAACGUACGCGCGCGCAUUUUGGCAACGAAACUAUGGCGAGAAUCAGCAGCGUGUCAAGCUACGCGAGCAGAUUAAGCAACACAGACAAAGAAAGUUAUUUUAAAAAGUUGACUUUAUCCGGCUACCAGAUCCGUGUACUAUAGUGGAGUGGAUAGAAGACGUUAGCAGAUGGCCAAAUAUACAGUGGCCAGAUAUAUAUAUAUAUAUACAUAAACUUUCGGAGUUGCGAACCACUGGGGAACAACACCACUUCCGUUGCCAAAAUGCGCGCGCGACUAUUUGAUCACGUGGGCUGUAAAGGGUCUAUAUUCUGUCCCUGUACUCAUAAUUUGUGUGGAAAAAAAAUGUUGGUGUUUUGCAUUUAUAGGUAUGUUUGUAGAGUAUAAAUGUAGGUCUAUUUUAGCACACAGGCAUCAUAAUCGGCACUACCUAAAUUCACCACUGUAAAACAUUUUCAGCUGGUUAAACUUAGAAAUGAAAGUUCACCUGCUGCCUUAAAAAUGUGAGUUAACUCAACUUGAAGAUAAGCUUUUUUUAACUCACAAAUAGUCAAGACAUUGGAUUACUGUAAUUUAAAAAUUAAACAAAGUAAUCCAUUGUCUUGACUAUUUGUGAGUUGAAACAGCUUAUCUUCAAGUUUAGUUAACUUAUGUUUAGUUGAGUUAACUCUCAGCUGCUCUCAGCUCUUGGAGAAGGAAAGCAGCUUCGAGAACUGAAGUAAAGAUCUGUGUCUUUUCUGAUCAGCACAGAGCUGUUGGUCUUAUAUGUGACUGAUAAUUGUCGGAUAAACUGAUAAGAAUAUAAAACUCCUUUACAGACUGAACAGCAGUUGUCAGUCAGAUGAAAGUGUGCUGCAGGUUCUUAAUGCUCUGCACAUGAAGAAUGUGGGUGGACUUCAGAUUGCUGUGAAGAACAUCUCAGCUGACACUGCCCUCAUCCUCAUAUCUCAAGAACAUUUUCUUUUUUGCACAGCUAAGACCCAAACUCCAUGCUUUUAAUAUUGAUCUAAAGAUGGUUUACUCUGAUUGACAGAUUAAUGACUGAUGAUUCAGAAAGUCUCUGGUUCUUCAGCUUUGAAAGCUUGUGUAAGGAUUUUUUCCCACACAAUAGUAUUGCUAUUUUUAUGAAUCACUAAUAAAUACAGUUAUUUGACCAGUUUCACUAUGCAAUGUUGGGCGACCUCUUUGUUAGACUCCUGCAUUCAGACUUAUUGGACAAGGAGGAAAUAUGUUUCCAUGCAGGUUGAAUGUGGUGAAGUGUUGUUCAAGCCCACAGAAUGAACCGUCACUGUCAGAAUUCAUUGUCAAAUGUCCACGUUCAAAGGCAUCCAGUAUCACAUUCACAUUUUCUCAGCUUGUAACAGCUAGUGUAGAAUCAAACAUGUCAACCUUAUCUUUUCCUUCUCACAGUAACAUCUCUAUUUUGUAGUUUUAAUGCUUGUUCAAAGGGCUCUGGUGCUGCUGAGUGGCUCCCUGGUCUUUUAAUGCAGUUGGGAAUCAAGUUACUAAAGGAAUCUCCAAAAUGUCCUAAGUGCAUUUUGAACAUCAUGAUUUUUUUUUUUAACUAAGUGUCUUUAUGCUGGAUUGAAUGUUUAAUGUAUGUUGCUGUUCUGUGUUUCUAUAAAGAUUUAGAUGCAGUAAAUGCUGACCGCUGCAUUCAGCAUUCGUUCAGCUGUUGAGUUCUGUGAAGAGAAAUGUACUGAAGACAUAAAGUGAGUUUAUACCUUUUAUGCAGUAUUAUUGACAUUUUCAAUGUUUUAUCAUACAGUAAUGCUAUUGUAAUGUUCACUACUUAUUCCUGUUCCUCCCCGUAUCUAAACUUGCACUGCCUGAUGAAAACUGAAUGUUUACCUGAACUGUUUGAGUAUGAAGAAAUAAAUCUCGAUGGGUCUUAAGAACCUUUAUAUAAUAACUGUGUGACAUUACAGAGACUGUGUAUAAUAAUGAAAAGCAGUAGGACAAACUUUAUAUAUGUGUUCUGCUUCCUGCCUGUAGACAAUCUGUUAUAGACAAAAAAACAUUUCAUCUGUCCUCUUAUCAUUUUAGAUCAAGUAAUUCUUGUCGCACCACUGUACAAACUUCUCAACAAGAUCUGAACGAAAUGAGUAAAUUAUGUUUUAGUAGAUCUUCAGCAAAAAUCUUUAAUUGCUGGAUAUAGAUAUUUUAAUGUUAGCAUUUAGAGAGAAAUUUAGCUGUAUUUCAAGCAGAUUUUGGAGAUUUUCGUUUGUUUGUGUGAUUUUAAGUCACACGUGGCUUGUGUUACCUUAGUACAAAAAUGUGUACUAUGCAGGUUGAGGGCACUUUUAGGACUGUCUUCUUCAAGUUCAGGUUCAACCUGUUUCUCAUGUUUCUUAGUUCCUGCAGUUUCAAAUCUAAAUUGAGCUCCUUCAAGAGAAGCAAAGUUAUAACACUGUCGAUCUGAAGGAAAGCAGGCGUAGAGGACAAACCUUCAGCACUGAUGUUAGUUGUUUUAUUUAAAAAAAAACAAAAAAAAAAACAGAAAGAUCAAAUAUAAACCACAUUACCUGGACCAGCAGAACUAGAAUCCACAUUUUGGAGAGGAUCAGAAUACAAGUCUUUAUCUGGAAUCUGAGAACUGGUUCAACUGGGUCAUUGAAAGGAGCUGGCAUUCAGGCACUAUCAGAUCUUGGAAGCACUGCUCUCUCCAACACGUCACAGACACUUAUGAGACACCAUGGACCAAGACUCAGAGUGUGCUCAGUUUGUGGAUGCCCACUGGGGGAAACUUGUCCAGAGAGUAAAAAUGGUGAUGCCGAUUGUGGAUGAGCUGCGGUCAGGUGGCAUGCUGGAGUGGGAGCCGUACUGUAAGAUCAGAGCAGCAUAUACUCACCAGGACAAAAUGAGAGAGCUUUAUGAAGUGCUGCACUCUGGAGGAAACAAGGUUAAAUCUGCCUUUUUUUUGCAACUGUUAAAGCUGGAGCCAUUUCUGUUAGAAGACUUGGGUGUCACUGAGAAUCACACACACUUUGAAAAAACGCAAACCCCAGAAAUCAGCCCAGUGAUUCUCAAAUACAAGAAGAAGAUCUGCAGAGAAUACCAGUAUGUGAAAGAGUAUAACUUUGCGCCUGGUCAAAAUGUGCUGCUGUCUGAGCGCUACACACAACCUCUGAUCCUUCAGAGAUACAGAGGUCGUCAAGAGAGACAACAAGAGCUUUGCUCUAGUGGAGAGAGCUUCCAGCAGGUCCUCAACUCCAGCAACAGUCAUGAAUCUUCCUAUUUGAACUCUCUGUUCGACCCAGAUGAUCACAGAAUCAGUCCCGGUGCUGUUAUACUGCAAGGAAAUUCAGGGAAUGGGAAAACUUUAACUGUGCAGAAGAUCAUGCUGGACUGGGCAUCUGGUGACCUCUACAAAGAACGGUUUGAUAUUGUGUUCCAUUUAAAGUGUAAAGAAAUAAACUGCAUUAUUGGCGAAAAGAGUUUGGUCGAGAUCUUAAGCAACAGCUGCAGUUUAACAUCAGAUCAGAUCUCACAGAUACUACAGCAUUCACCAGAGAAGGUGCUGUUCAUCAUCGAUGGAUUUGAUGAGCUGAGACUCACAGAGGACAUUGAUCACAUGUCACUAAACACUGAUCCGGUUCAAAGAGCUCCACCUCAAGUGACUCUUUGUGACCUGCUGAAGGGUCGAAUCCUGCCAGAGUCCUUCCUGCUGGUCACCACCAGAUCUACAGCUACAGACACACUGAGUAAUCUGCUCAAAGCACCUCAGCGUUUCACUGAGAUUAUGGGAUUCUCUGAGAUGGGGGUGGAGGAGUACUUCCAGAAGUUCUUCCAGAAUGAGGAGCUCUUCAGGAAAGCCUAUGAAUAUGUGAAAGCAAAUGAAACACUCAUCACUGCCUGCUCCAUCCCUCUUAUCUGCUGGAUCAUCUGCACAACUAUCAAGGAACGAUUUGAAGGUGGUGCGAAUGUAACAAGUGGACUGGAAACCACCACCUCCAUCUACAUUGACUUUGUGUCCACUCUAUUGGAGCAUCACUGUCAGGGUUUGAGUCAGUCUGUCCCGAGCCUGCUGAGGAGUCUGGGUCAGCUGGCACAGAGAGGGAUGCUGGAAAAACAAGUCAUGUUUGAUGAGGAAACUGUAAAUGAAAUGGUUUCAGACCCUGCUGGCAAUCCAUUCCUGUGCAAGUUCCUGUUUAAGAGAAGAAUCCACCAGGAGACGAUGUUCAGUUUCAUGCAUCUCAGCUUUCAGGAGUUCUUCACUGCUCUGUACUAUGUCCUUCUGGAAGAUGAAGAGUCCCUGAGAAAAGUGAGAGAGCUAUUAUUUAUGGAUUCAUGUGAACAUUGCCCUAAUGAACAUCCUCCACGGUUUGCAGCUGUGGUGCAGUUUGCUUUUGGUCUGUUAAAUAAGGAUGUGAGACACAUACUAAGGAAAAGACAUGGUCUGGUUGUUCAUCCAAAUGCACAGAAUCAUCUGAAGAAUUGGAUUUUAGAAGAACUUCGAACUGAUUAUCCAUUUGAGGGUAGAACACUGUUUUGGCUUAACUGUCUCUAUGAACUCCAUGAAGCAGAAUUUGUGAAAGAAGCAAUGGAAGCCUGGAAUAAUAUCAAAACAAGAGAUGCUGUACUGGGAAGAACAGACUGCUGGGCCCUGCUGUACUGCUGUCAGUGCAUUCACACAUGAAUGAACUGUCUAUCACUGCCGCCGGAUUAACAUGUGAAACAUUGUCUAUGAUUCUUCU